ACACAACACUUGACCUUGAUCGAUUCGUGACUGCAGUCCAUUGAUGAAAGUAAGGCACCGUUUGCUCAAGUUCAAGAAUUAAGGUCUAGCCCAAGAACACCCAGCCCAACCGUCGCGAUCAUCGAACCGUGUCGGAACAGUUCACCCACUUUCUACUAACCCUUCGGCAUAGGUUGCCCACAGCAUUACACCACCCUGUGCAGUAACGUUUGGCAAUUCUUAUAAAAGCAAUGUAACUCCAAACAUACAUCAUCAGUUUGGAAGCUUCUUCAAACACGCGGGUGCAUCCUCAAAAAACAGCAGCCAACAUGUUCAAACUCUUCACAAUUAUUUGCCUUGUUGCGUUCGUGCACGGUGCACACAUCAAACAGUCGGCGGUAAAGCACAAACCACGACAGGCAAGCUACCAGCUCGAGGAAGUCGAUGCGGGCAAGGAGCUAAUCGAGGAGUCGCAGGACUACUACGCCUACCCGAAGUAUCAGUUCGAGUACGGUGUCAAGGAUCCGCUGACGGGCGAUCACAAGAGCCAGUGGGAAAUGCGAGACGGUGACAUCGUGAAGGGAUCGUACACGCUGGAUGAACCGGACGGUACACAGCGCAUCGUCGAGUAUCGGGCGGACGAUCGGAAUGGGUUCGAAGCGAUCGUGAAAAAGAUCGGCAAACCAAAGCAUCCGGAGGAGUUGGGCAAGCAGCUGGCGGUAAAGCAGGCAGCAGACACCCACCAUAUCGUCGGGCAGAGUUACAGCAAGCUGAAGAAGUUCAGCUGAUUCGAAAGACCUAGACCCUUUUGAUUUCGUGAUGUUGUCAUAAUGGAAUUUACAUAGAAAAUAAACCCAGUUCAAGCGGAUUCCGCUUCAAUAGUC